AUGUCUUUAUCAACAGAAUUGGAAUGCAAUAUUUGUGGGAGAUUAUUGAACGAAAAAGAUGAUACAGUAACUACUGAUUGUCAACAUACAUUUCAUCGUCAAUGUGCCCAAAAACGACUUGAUGAAGACGAGAGAAGUGAUUGUCGUAAAUGCAAAAGGAAAUCGGCUUUGAGUGAUGCAUUGGCUCGUUUUAAAACAAUAAAAAAGCUUGCAUGUAUUAUUUGUGACCAGUCGUUGGAUGUUAAUGAUGAUUUGGUGACGACCGAAUGUCAACAUACAUUUCAUCGUCAAUGUGCCCAAAAACGACUUGAUGAAAACGAGAGAAGUGAUUGUCGUAAAUGCAAAAAAACGUCCGCUUUGGGUGAUGCACUUCAACGAUCUAAUCCAGUAUUAGAAGGAUAUUGUGGGAUUUGUGAUAAAGAAUUAGGCCGAAAAAGUUCGACGAUAAUUACUCCUUGUCAACAUAUAUUCCAUCGUCAUUGUAUUCAAGAACGAUACGAAAAAAAAAAAGAAAGCGAUUGUUUGGAAUGCGAUCAAAAAUUCGAUAUUGGCACUUUGCUUCCAGGAUAUCAAGAAACUUCAACCAUAAUAACAUCAAUACCUCAAAAAAGUCAAAAUGUGAAACCAAUUGAAAAUGUCACUUCAGAAUCGAUGAUGAGUACAGUAACUACAAUGGACAUCGAUGAACAAUAUUGGAGAUGUGCAAACUGCUCGGUGAAAAAUGAACCAUCAUCGGAGCUAUGUGGAGGAUGUCAAAAACCACCACGUAACUCACUCAUGAACUCAGCAAUUUUAACAAAAAACUUCGAUGCAUGUCAUCCAUCGACAGUGCUAAGUAAGAAUUUACAAAUCUAUGAUUUCUAA